AUGGAAGCUGGUGCUGCUCACUAAAUAUUUCAGUCUUAUUUGUUCCUUCUCUUCUAUCCUUUGUUUUAUAUUUGUAGUCAGUUCUACUCACUACUCCUUAAUCCUUAUCAUACUCAACACAAAUAAACCUCUUUCUACAUAAGCUAAGGGGUUUUUCGAUCUAUAUACUUCCAGGAGAUAGAAGAAUUCGAAAAUGGUGGUAGCAGAGGCGGAGAUGAACAACAACUCCCAGGGAGAAGUGCAAUCGCCGGUAAUCCAAGUGGGAGAGCAGCAAGCCGGGAAGAACAACCACCACCCAUUCUCCUCCCUCGGGAGACAAUCAUCCAUAUAUUCUCUGACCUUAGAUGAGUUCCAGCACACACUGUGUGAGAGUGGCAAGAACUUCGGAUCCAUGAACAUGGACGAGUUUCUUAGUAGCAUAUGGAAUGCAGAAGAGAACCAAGCCAUAGUAAACUCUUCUAACAACAUCACCAAUAAUAACACACCACUAGGUGAAGCUUCUUCUGCAAUGAUGAGGGAACAGCAGCAGAGUCUCCAUCGGCAAGGAUCACUCACUAUUCCUGCGCCUUUAAGCCGGAAAACCGUGGAGGAGGUUUGGUCUGAAAUACAUAAUAAAGUGGAACAGACUCAGCAGCAACAGCAGCACCAUCAUCAGCAGAGCAAGAGCAGCAACAGCAAUGGCGCCAUGCAUACAGAGAUUACUUAUCGCCAGCCAACCUUUGGGGAGAUGACUUUGGAGGAUUUCUUGGUCAAAGCAGGGGUAGUUCGGGAACAAUGUGCAAUGCCGGGGAUACCACAACCACUAGCAGCUUCUCAUCACCAUCACCAUCCUCAUCAUCAGCAGCAGCAGUAUGGGGUGUAUUCUGGUAACAACUCUGCAGCAAUGGCUCCUUCUUCUUUUGUUGGAAGGACUAUUAUCGGUGGUGGUGCUGUGGUUGCGGCUGCUUCGCCGUACCAGGCAGAGCCUUCUGGAUACCCUGGGAGUAGUGGCAAGAGGGAUGGUGGCGGCGGAGCAUACCCUACACCGGGUUCCGCCGGCGGGGUUUGCUUCGAGAAGGUCGUCGAGCGACGGCAGCGGAGGAUGAUUAAGAACAGAGAAUCUGCUGCUAGAUCCAGAGCCAGAAAACAGGCGUACACAGUUGAAUUAGAAGCAGAACUCAACCAACUGAGAGAAGAGAACGCCCAACUUAAACAGGCGCUGGCCGAGUUCGAGAAGAGAAGAAAGCAACAGUGUUGUGAGGAGGAAAUGAACGUUAGAGUUCAAACCAAAGCUCAGAAGGCAACAGAGAAAUUGAGAGCAUUGAGAAGGAACCAAAGUUGUCCUUUGUGAAAAUUGUGCGACACAACUUCAUGCCAGUGGUAGCAACCUAACCAGCAUAACCUUGGAUUCUAGAAGUGGGCAUUGGAUUUGGUCUUAUUCCAUCUUCUUGUUUGGUUGAUCGACCACACAAAUUUCCACCUGCUAAAUUAAAGCAAGCAAGGAAACGAGAGAUCAGAGUGGAACAGAAAAGAAGUGAAAUUGUGAUUUUGAUUUGAUAUUUUAGCCAAUGCAAGUUCACGAAUGUAUAAUAUAGCUCAAGGGGAUUACUAAAUCAAAUGUAUAAUAUAGCUGUUGUAUUUUUUGUGUGCAUCAUUUCGCACUUGUUUUACUAUAAAAUCAAUGACGUUUGAUAAGGAUAUAUAUGAUAACAAUACCAGUAUUCGAAGCA